UGAGAUUAUCAAUAGGUUAAAAGUCUCUGGGCAAUGGUGUAGGAAACUGUACACAAUAAACUGCAUUAUAUAGAAGUGAGAAUAACAGACAGAGAUGGUCACACAAAAUUGCCAAUAGCUCAUAAUACUAUAAACACUUAUAAUGGAAUCGAACGCUGUACACAGAUAUAGUCAGCUACUUGUGAUUCUAGGACUAGUGUGUAGUCACUUCAGUGGAGCGACUGGACGCUAUGACAGUUGUGGUCAAGGAUGGAUUCAGUAUAAAAACUACUGUUAUCUAUUAGUUGAAAGUAACUUAACGUGGUCAGAGGCGAAGUCAAAAUGUUUACAGAGGUCAUCAGAACUGACCAGCAUCCACUCCCAAGAAGAAAACCAAUUCAUCUUGUCCAGACUUCCAAAAAACUCCAGAUUCUGGAUUGGACUUGAAAGUUUAAAGCCAGGGAAAGAUAAUCACUGGACAGAUAACUCUUCUCUAAACUUUUUGGGUUUCAGCGCUUGGUCUGAAGCUUUGUGGAAACUGUCUUCAGGACUUUGUGUUUAUAUUGAAGAAAAGAGUGGUGACUGGAAGACAUCAGACUGUCUGUAUAUCUCAGACAGUGGAUACAUUUGUAAGAGACAUGUAAAUAAUGAACCAGUUGAUACACAGUCUCAGUUUAAAGUGGCUUGUACGGGAGAAAGUUCUAGAACCUGCUACACAUUAUACACAGAGAGUAUACCUUGGGAAGAGGCUCAGAGAUUGUGCAGAGAACAGAAUCAGAGCUUGGUGACUAUCACAGACAGGCAGACAUUUACGCAUAUUCAAACAGUUUUAGGAGCUCAUUCAAUCUCGAUAUGGACUGGUCUAUCAUUUUAUAAUGGUAGCCUCCAGUGGGACAGCGGAAUAGGAAAAGAUCCAUAUCCAUGGAUAUCAGGAGAUAUGGUAAGACUUGGAUGUGUGGCCUUGACAUCUUUUGUGUGGGAGACACAGGACUGUAACACUUCACUACCAUUUAUGUGUGAGGACAGACAGGACACUUCUAGUGAUAUUUCAACUUCAAGAAGGAGUGGUGCCUCUAUCAUACGCUCUGAGCUUAGCACACAGUGGAUGUCAGGUCUAUACCCUCUACUGACCAACACUUCAAAUGAGAUUCUCAUUGACACAGAGGAGAGUGACGGGAGUGCUCCGGGAUAUGACCGCCUCAGAUCUUUAGUGAUUCGUCAAGCGAGAGUCAGACCUAGUUGUCCUACAGACUGGAUUCAAAGUCUUGGUAUCUGCUUUAAGGUUAUCUCUGAGGCGGAAAGUUGGCAUGUAGCAAGACAUCACUGUGAGAGUUUAGGUGCAGACUUACCCAGCAUUCAUAGCGAAGUGCAAAAUGAGUAUAUUACCUUCAUACGGUCAAAAACGAAUGGCAAUGUAUGGAUUGGUCUGCAUGAUUUAUCUAAUGAAACAGUCUUUGAAUGGACAGAUGGAACUCCAUUUAACUUUUCGCGAUGGGCACCAACUAAACCCAAUGGCUUAUCAAUUGCUGAAGAUUGUGUUGAGCUGUACCACAAUGGACUUUGGAAUGACAUUAAUUGUUACACAACCAGGCCGUACAUUUGUGUCAAGAAAUUAGGAUCAACAACCAUUCGACCAUUUAUGACGACCACUGAAGCCCCAAGGUGUGCUGAGAGUGGGUGGCUGUACCAUGGAGGAUUUUGUUAUUUUAUAAGCGACGAGACAAAAACUUGGAGUGAAGCACAAGACGUCUGCCGAAACAAAGGGGCGGAACUCGUCAGCGUACAUUCACAAGAUGAAAAUAAUUUUCUUUUAUAUCAGCUUAGAAGAAGGAAUGUUUACCACACGUACUACUGGAUAGGACUGUUCAAAAAGACUACAAAAGUUUUUAGAUGGUCAGACGAAAGCCCAUUCGACUUUGUGGCUUGGAAUGGAGGAGAGAUUCAAUGGUUCGGUCUUUUAUUUCCGCAUGUGUGUGCUAGGACUAAAUCAGAACAUGCUUUGUGGUUUUCAUCUAAUUGUUCUGAAGCAUUUAAAUUCAUAUGCAAGAAGUCAAACAGUUCAGCAGUUACACUUCCUUUUAGGCUUACGACAAUAGCUUCAAUAACAAACCCAACAGUGCAGUUAGAAAGUGUCUGUCCUAAACGAUUUUUCAGCAGAGAUGACGUCAGCAAAUGUGUUUACAUUGGAGGAUACCAUGACAAAAGUCUAUUAACGUGGGACGAAGCCAAAGAAACUUGCAGCAACAUGUCCUCUCUAACAAAGGUGCAGCUUGCAAGCAUAACCAGCGCUGAAGAGCAAGCUUUCUUGAACGUGCUAAUGGGUUUCGUAGACAACCCUGCAUGGAUUGGACUCAAGUCUUCCGAGUUUGGAGAUGUUUCUGAUUGGCAAGAUAAUUCUCGUGUCAAUUUUAGCAACUGGCUAGAUGAGCAGUUUCAGUAUGAUGAAGGUUCUUCUGAUAGGGAACUAUGUGUGCAGAUACUUGGGAAAAACUUCUUCGAGACUUUGGGUAAAUGGUACCGAGGAGACUGUGAAAGCAAAGCAGAUUACAUCUGUGAAACAGAGAAACUGUAUAUACCAGUUGUAGUAACAAGUGAUUCCACGUUGACAUCUAUACCAGCUACAGCGCCUGGAUUUCCUAAAUCUUCAGCUACUCUUUUGUUAUGUCCAAAAAAGUUCCAGAAGUUUCAUACUUUCUGCUAUUUAGUGGUCAGUCAUCUAGAGACCUGGGAUGAAGCAAGAACCUCGUGCGAGGCACGUGGAGCUGAUCUCGCCAAAACGGAACAUAUUCUUCAGCUGUCAAAAAUUACUUUACUUUUAGCUGACUACGGCGUAAAGAAACAAGCUUGGAUUGGAAUCAAACAGACAAAUGGAUCUCGUUUUCACUGGACUGAUGGUAAGCCAGUUCGGAGAUUUUUCUGGAGGGAUGAAAAGAAUUCAUUUAACAGUUCCGGUGGUCUGAAAACUUUUUGUGUUUCAUUAUUUGACAGUAAAUGGAUUCGUUCUGAUUGUAAUGAGAAGCAGCCUUACAUCUGUCAAACUAAAUUAGUUAGACCUACAGCCACAGUGCCAUUACAUAACAACCAAACUCUGUGUAAAGAUGGCAAGUCAGUUCAACACGGAGAAUACUGUUACCUCAAGACAAAGCAUCAAGUCUCCUGGUCUGAAGCUGAUCACGUGUGUAGACAUCGCGGCAUGCAGCUUGUCAGCAUCCAUUCAAAUAGCCAAACAGACUUCCUUGUAAACUAUACACAGCACACAUCUGAAACACUUUAUUAUUGGAUUGGAUUAGUUAGCUAUAAAAAUGGAUCUUUCCACUGGGCUGACGGGUCAUCUAUGACCUACAUUAACUGGGAUGAAGACUCUUCUGAAAAUUCAAAGCACUCAGACGAAAAGUGUGCCGUAAUGGACAGCAAAAAGGGACGCUGGUAUCCUGUAGACUGCUUCACCCAAUCCCAUGGCUACAUCUGCUCAUCUCAUGCAAAAAAUGUCAACAUGUUAGCCGGCAGUGAACACCUGGGAUCAUCCAUCAGUGGUGGUGGUGUAGCAGCCAUUGUAAUAGUUGUUUUGUCAGCUUGUUGUCUCUUCAUCUUCGCUUUAGUGUACGCUGUAAGACGUCGAACGAGGAGACCAGCCAGUGAUGGACAAGUUCUACAAAGCAAUGGUUUCGAUAAUCGUCUUUAUGUCUGCAGUGAUCAUGUUAAUGAAGAAGAAAGUCUAGCAUGCAGCUAAGGUAUGCAAAACAAGUGUCAAAAUAACCAAACAAAAUCGUGUAGAUGAAACAAAUAACUGAAAUAUCAUCAGACUUUAAGGAAAGACAAAUGAAUCUCUUUGAGAAAAGAAAUAUAAUAGUGCUGCUGCUCCGCCAUAUCAAUUAGCAUUAUGGAUCAUGUGUAUUUUCUACGAAUGGACGCUAAUGUAGUCAAAAAAGUCCUUACCAUUAAAAUGUUGAAUGAUU